CACCCGUCUCCCCCGUCUCCCUCCUCCCCCCCCCCCCACAGCUUUAUGAUUAAUCUGGGCCAGGGGACAGAGAAGCUGGACCUGCAUUUCAACCCCAUUGUCUGCAACUCACUGGAGGGUAGCAACUGGGGGCAGGAGCAAUGGGAAGAUCACUUGUGCUUCAGCCCAGAGUCAGAGGUCAAGUUCACCGUGACCUUCGAGAGUGACAGAUUCAAGGUGAAGCUGCCAGACAGGCACCAGAUGACCUUUCCCAACAGGCUGGGCCACAGCCACCUGAGCUCCCGAGUGCUGGGUGGGUUCAACAUCUCCUCCUCCAAGCUUGACUGAGUGGGCGGCGCUCACGGGAACGACAGAGCCCUCGCACCGACUUCCUAUCCUGAGCUCCUUCCCAGUCACACGGGCCCAGCAGCCCCUGGGUCCUGGCUCCCCGCCUGUACUCCCUGCCCCUCUGACCCCUCUCCUCCCCCAAGGCUAAGGCCAAUUUAAGAAUCCACCUUUGUCCAGCUGGUGUGGCUCAGUGGUAUGAACCAGGCGGUCACUGGUUCAGGGCACAUGCCCAGUUGCAGGCUCAAUCCCCGGUAG